AUGGCUCUUUUGAAGCUUGGUUCUAAAUCUGAAGCCUUCUGUUGUGAAGGUCAAGCUUGGCGAUGUAAGUCAGGACUUCCAAGUGACAUUACAAUUGAAAUUGGAGAAAUGUCAUUUUAUCUACAUAAGUUCCCUUUGCUUUCAAGAAGUGGACUACUAGAAAAGCUGAUGAAUGAAUCAAGAAAAGACGAUGGAUCGUUAUGCGUUCUUCAGCUUAGUGACAUACCUGGUGGAGCUAAAGCAUUUGAGUUAGUAGCCAAGUUUUGUUAUGGUGUUAGAUUUGAACUUACUCCUCUAAAUGUAGUUGCCCUUAGAUGUGCAUCUGAGUAUUUGCAAAUGACAAAUGAAUAUGGUGAAGAAAAUCUUGUAUCACAAACCGAGUCUUUUCUCAAUGAUGUUUUUAGUAAUUGGACAGAUACAAUUAAAGCAUUAGAAACUUGUGAAGAAGUGUUGUCAUAUGCUGAAGAGCUUCACAUUGUGUCGCGAUGCAUAAAUUCAUUAGCGAUGAAAGCUUGUAGCGAUUCUAAGUUGCUUAAUUGGCCUGUGAUGGAGAAUGGUAACGAUAGUGUUCAUGAUGUAUGGAAUGGUAUAAGCACGGGGACUAAGACACAACCGAUGACUGAUGAUUGGUGGUACGAGGAUGUGUCCUUCCUCAGCUUACCUUUGUACAAACGUUUGAUUCAGGCUGUUGAAGCUGGAGGAAUGAGGGCUGGGAACAUAUCCGGUGCACUCGUGUUUUAUGCAAAGAAAUAUGUUCCUUUAAUGAAUAGGCAAUCGAGCUUUAAGGACGUUACUCAUGCUAAAUCAGGUUCUACUCCGUCUGAGGCUGAUCAAAGGGUGCUUUUAGAAGAGAUCGUUGAGUUGUUACCAAAACAGAAAGGUGUAACGGAGACUAGAUUUCUCCUCAGGCUGCUACGUACUGCUAUGAUGUUGCAGGCUAGUCCAUCUUGUCAAGUAAAUUUGGAAGGAAGAGUAGGGUUGCAGUUAGACCAGGCUAUACUUGAUGAUCUGCUCAUACCAAAUAUCGGUUACACAGUUGAAACUUUAUAUGAUAUCGACUGUUUUCAGCGUAUUCUAGAUCAUUUCUUGUUAAUAGAUCAGGCUUCAGCAGCCGUAUCUCCAUGUAUAAUGGAAGAGAGUCAGUUGAUUGAAGGUAGUCAGUCUUUGGCUUCCAUAACAAGAGUGGCUAAUCUCGUGGAUUCGUAUCUUGCUGAGGUUUCCCCUGAUGUUAAUUUCAAGUUUCCGAAAUUUCAGACUCUUGCUUCUGCAAUCCCAGAAUAUGCUAGGCCAGUCUCUGAUGGUAUCUAUCGUGCAAUCGAUAUAUAUUUGAAGGCACAUCCUUGGCUGACAGACAUUGAAAGAGAGCAAAUGUGCAGACUAAUGAAUUGCCAGAAGCUGUCGUUAGAGGCCAGCACGCACGCUGCUCAAAACGAGAGGCUUCCCCUAAGGGUGAUUGUUCAAGUCCUGUUUUUUGAACAGCUUCGUCUACGUACAUCAAUCUCUGGAUGGUUCUUUGUGUCUGAAAACUCCCAAAAUGUUAGCGGAGCAAUUGGACAACACGCGGACAAUGCUACACGAGGCAGAGGAAGGAGUGUUGAGGACAUGAGGGAACGUGUUUCCGACCUUGAAAAAGAGUGUAACAACAUGAAGGAAGAGUUCCAAAAGAUGGUGAAAUCAAAGAGGAGAUGGAAUAUAUUUUUCAGGAGAAAAUCUCAGUGUAAUUCAAAAUCAGGAAAGCCUAGUGAAGAUGCAACAUGUCAAACUGUUCCACCAAAAGUUCCCUAA